AUGACGAUGUUAAAGAGUGUCCUCUCACCUAUUCCCUCUCAUGCAAUGUCAUGUUUCAAACUUCCGGUAUCUCUAUGCAAAAGGAUCCAAUCAGCGCUCACUCAGUUCUGGUGGGAUGACCGUAUGGAAAAAAAAAAGAAGAUGGCUUGGAUUGCUUGGAAUAAACUCAUUCGCCCUAAGGAACAUGGAGGACUGGAUUUCAGAGACAUCCAAAGUUUCAAUGAAGCUUUCCUUGCAAAGCUCAGCUGGAGGAUUAUUAAUAACCCUGACAAAUUGUUGAGCCGCAUUCUUCUUGGCAAAUAUUGCACCUCUGAAGAUUUCCUAUAUGUUUCCGAGAAAAGCGAGAUAUCUCAUGGAUGGAGAGGAGUUCUAAAAGGGCGAGAUCUGAUAAUGGAAAACGCAGGAUGGGAAAUAGGUAAUGGGAAAAACAUCAACAUAUGGAAUAAACCUUGGCUCAGCUGUGACUCUCAGGAACGUCCAAUGGGCCCGGCGCCGAUGAAUUUUCAACACCUCACUGUGGCAGAUUUUCUGCUCUCUAAUAAUGAAUGGGACUUAGAUAUGAUACGACUGGUCCUCCCGUUUGAGGAGCACAAAAUCUGCCUGCUCAAACCCAGUCGCACCGGGGCGCCCGAUAAGCUAGCAUGGUUAGGCACAGAGACAUGA